CAUCGAACUAAUUCAAUAAUUAAGCUAACGGAAAUAUGGAUCGACUUACCAUACUAAAUCAAACUUGCAACCACGAAAUCGAUGACGCCUUUCAGCUCUAGUAUUUCACCGAACACAUGGUGAGUGCUGCAUCGAAUCGCACUCUUCUCCAUCCACAUCGAGAAUCCUCCGGUCGCGUACUGAUUUAUUUCCUUCUGUGCCUAAUCUUCUAGGAUUUUUGGCGUAGACGAGGAUGACGAUUGAUGACUUGUUCGAGCUUUUUGUCAAGCACUUGGUGAACAUCACGCUGCCAGCUUCAUCUUCACCCAACGCUUUGUAUUUCUUGAUGAUGCACAGAACGACGACAAGAUUGAUAACGCACGUGUGUGAUGAGGCAGGGUCUGUGGAUAUGUGCGCAAGGGAAGGUGAGCUUGUGGUGCCGAGAGUCGACGGCGAGCAGGACGUGGAUCAGGGAGUUUGCUUGGGAGUCGAGUAAGGGAUGACGGGUUCGACGACUCGACGGCAAACACAAACACGCCGAAACCCGAUGGAUGAGGAGCAAGCGCACGUGGUGCGAGCAGCACGGAUUUUAAGCGUGGAGAAAUUGCCCACGGCGAAACGAAUAGAUUAAGGAGCGCUCGUGAACUCUAUGGAGGAACCGGCGGCAGUCGAUGCCAGAGCGCACGGCGAGGGAGCUUCGCAGUUCGAUGAGGUCGUGGCCGGGCGAAUUCUACGGCGCGGACUGCUUCACGACCAGGACGGCUGCCACGACGUGCACGACGUCGCCAUGCCACAACACCACCAUGGCCAGGGAACAGGAGGAGCGGCCAAGCAGAGCUCGCAGCUGCGCGCAGGGACGACCAAGGAAGCGCGUGGCAUGGGCAGGGGCGAGCUCGGCAGGAGCGCGCACGCGCAGGGAAACUUCACGGUGCUGGAAUCCGCUGGGCGCACGGCAAGCUAGAGCAGAGGGCAGGGCACGACGGCAAGUAGAGAAACGAGAGGGCGAGGGCGCACUAUGGGGAAGGGAGCAGAGCGCGCAGGGGAGCUAGGCGCCGAGUUGGAGUUCGCGGCAAUAGGGAGCAGGGCGCGCCAUGGCAGAAAGGUCCGAGCCGAGGAAACUCCGGCCGGGCGCGCAUAGGAAGUUCCAUGGCUAGGGAGGGCGAGCAGAGGAGCACGACACGCAGAUUGGGCGAGCUCCAUGCUAGGGCCAGGGACGCGCGGAGGGAGCCGCCAUGGGAGAGGGAGCUGGGUCGUCGUGCAGGGGAGGAGGCUGGAGGCCGGGCUUGAAGACGCGGUUGCGCGCCAUGGGCGAGAGAGCACCGAGUAGAGGGGCCAGGGCGCAAAGGCCAGGAAGCUCGGCCAGGUGCUGGGGCGAGCGAGAGAGGAACGAGGUGAGGGGACGCGGCAUGGGAGCAGGCGCGCGCAGGGAAGUUCUAGCCAGGGAGAUGAAGCGCACAGAGGGUAGAGAGAGGAGGGACGACUGAGCGCUCG